AUGUGCGUAGUUACCAAGUACAUUAUAGAGGAGCCUAUUUGUAAAUAUUUCUUAAAGGGUACAUGUACAAAAGGAUACAAUUGCCAAUUCAAGCAUAAAGGAUAUGAUCGCGAUAAAUCAGUUGUCUGUAAACAUUGGCUCCGAGGUUUAUGUAAGAAAGGAGAUGCUUGUGAAUUUCUACAUGUGUUCAAUAUGAAAAAGAUGCCUGAAUGCUGGUUUUAUUCCAAAUAUGGAGAAUGCUGUAAUGGAGACGAAUGUAUGUAUUUGCAUAUUGAUCCAGAGAGUAAACAGAAAGAAUGCCCUUGGUAUGCUCGAGGAUUUUGUAAACAUGGACCGAAUUGCCGAAAUAAGCAUGUUCGAAAGUUGGUUUGUCAAAACUAUUUGACUGGAUUUUGUCCUGAUGGUCUUAAUUGUCCUAAUGGUCAUCCCAAAUAUGAGUUACCUGUCAUGUAUACUUUAUCAGCAGAAGCUGAACAACAAAAAUCCCAACAGACCCAACAACAACAACAGCAGCAGCAGCAACCACUACAACAACAACAACAGUCUCAACCACCUCAACAAUUACAUCAUCCACAGCAACAACAACAGCAGCAGCACUAUAACAGACCUCCAGGCACCUUUAGAAGACUUGAAGACGUGACUUGCUUCAAAUGUGGGCAACAGGGCCAUUAUGCAAAUCGUUGUACACAAGGAAGAAUAAGACAACAACCGAUAUAG